AUGGCACCAUUUUUGGAACUUGGAGCUUCUACAGCAUGCACACUGACUGACGGAGCCAUAAUCAAUGUAGAGGGAUUUGAGGGGAGAAAUGUCUCCUUCCAGUGCAAACACAAAAUUGCAUCGAACAGCAACAAGUAUUUUUGCAAAGAUCCAUGUAAAAGCGAAGGAGAAAAACUGGUUACUGUAGAAUCUGGCAGAAGAGCAGAGUCAGGGAGGAUAACUCUGGUGGACUCUGGGGAUGGAUCCUUCAAUGUGACCUUCAGUCAUCUCCAGCUGUCAGACUCACAGAAAUACUGGUGUGCAGUGGACAGGCCUGGUUUUGACACAUAUACCGAGGUACGGCUCACAGUAAAGAAAGCUGUUGAAACUGAGACGACUCUCGUGCCUGAUGUUUCUUCCACGUCGACGUUUCAAAAUAUCAACACACCACACUUCACAACUGGACCAGGAACCAUGAAACAUACAGAAGUGUCAGCAGCCUUUACUACUGAAGCAGAACCUAAAAUCAGUGGAGGCACCAUCAUCUGUGCUACUGUUGGGGGUGUUGGUCUGAUUGCUAUCUUGCUGCUGACAGUAUGCUUCAGGAAGUCCAGAAAACCCUCAAAGCAUGAAGUACAAGUUUACUGCAGCAGCAUUGAGCUCAGCAAUGCAAACGAAACAGAGGGCAGUUGUGGGUAUGCUGCCAUUGACAAGAAGACAAAGUGUAGUAACAAGUCAUCUGAGAGUUCCUCUGCCUGUACUCACCAACAAAGACAGGAUCCACCAACAUCUGAACCCCUUUGCACCUAUGAGAACAUCACUUUCCCCAAACUUCCUGCAUGUUCAGGACAUUCGCCAGCAGAGGAAAAUGACUACGAUAUUAACACUGGGAUCUACAUCACUCCUUUGCCAUCUUUUGACUAUGAAAGAACAGGUGAUGGCACUUGUGGAAAUCACACAAGAAAACAUAACAUAUGUUUCUCCAACCUUCCUACACAUUCAGAAAAUUCACCCACAGAGGACCAAAAUGACUAUGACAUUUACUCUGCCAUUUACAUGAAUCCUUUGCCAGAUAUUAUGUAUGACACAACAGAUGAUGGCACUUGUAGAGACCACACGCCUAAUCCUAAAACAUGCAAAAAUACAGAGAGCUGUGCAAACAGUGCAUCACCUUGUGUCUCCCGUGCCCCCUGUGAAUCCAGCGAAGACAAGCCCGGAUCACGUUGGUUUGGUUUAAACUUAUCAGGAACAAAUCAGAGUUAAUCUCAAAGAUAUGAUUUGUAUCUAUUGUCAUCUUAUUAAGCUUGUACAUGAAACUGUUGAUAUUGUUUCUAUAGCUUUAGAGUUGAAAUGACUUUAAAAAAUUGAGUCUUGUUAGAUUCAUUCGAUUCAAACCACUGCUCUGUGCUAUAAUUUCUGUAAUAAAAUAGGGUCAACAUUAUCGAACUCUGCACUAAGGUGUCACAGGACAAGCACAGAGAUGAGUCUACUGUCAGAGGCCGUGAGAAGAUA